CUUAUCAAAAUGAUCAAUGGGAAGGAGUAACUGAGUCCUCUAUAUAACCGCGUCUCCCUCCCACGUGUUGAUCUCACUUGGCGCUACAGGUCUCCUACCUGUGCGGCCCCGACAUCUGCGCUGUUUGACCUAAUAGAGAGCGGAAAAUCGGUUGGCAAUAAAACUCCUCCCUCCACUUUGAGGAUUAACACACAUUAUCCUCAAACUCGGCGUGCUCCUCCGGAAAAAAUAACCAAGGGGGCAGAAGCUGGCACAGUUAUUGCGCAUCUGAAUUCGGCGCAGUUCACUUUGGGUGAGCGGCAGUUACUGUGGAUCAGAGGCGGCUAUGCUGGAUCCGUCCUCCAGCGAGGAAUCGGGUGAAGAAGGUCGAGAAGAGGAGAUCCGGGAUGCUGCUCCGGCGGUCAGUCCGCAGAGGUCCGUGUCUGCGCAAGGACGAGACAGCCGGGAUGGGAAGCGAGCAGGAUCGGCUCGACCGCGACCCGCCAGCCCUGUCCCCGGCGAGAAAGAGAAAAACGAGCGUGAGAAACUUCAAAAAGAGGGAGCGGAGCGAAGGGUCAUUUUGCAAAUAUACGUGUUCGUGCUGAGGUGCAUCGCCUACCCGUUCAAUGCCAAGCAACCGACCGACAUGGCACGGAAGCAGCCGAAGCUCCACAAGCAGCAGCUGCAGGCCUUGCGGGAUCGCUUCCAGGCCUUCCUGAACGGGGAGACGCAGAUCAUGGCAGAUGAGGCCUUCUGCAACGCAGUGCGGAGCUACCACGAGGGGUUCCUCAAGAGUGAGCGCUUGUCCAGGAUGGUGCAGACCGGCAGCUGCUCUGCCAACGACUUCCGCGAGGUCUUCAGGAGGAACAUCGAGCGGCGUGUGCGCAGCCUACCCGAGAUCGACGGACUGAGCAAGGGGACGGUGCUGAGCUCGUGGCUGGCCAAGUAUGACACCAUCUACAGGGGUGACGAGGACUUGCGGCGGCAGCCUCCCAGGAUGCAGUUCCACGGCAUGUCGGAGCUGAUCCUCAGCAAGGAGCAACUGUAUGAGAUGUUCCAGCAGGUUCUUGGCAUCAAGAAGUUUGAGCACCAGCUGCUCUACACUGCCUGCCAGCUGGACAAUGUGGAUGAGCAGGCAGCGCAGAUCCGGAGGGAGCUGGACGGUCGACUGCAGCUUGCCGAGAGAAUAGCUACGGAAAGGAGACAUCCCAAGCUCAUCUCCAAGGACAUGGAGGUGCUGUACGUGGACGAGCUCCGGGCCUCUGUCAGCUUUCUCAUGGCCAACCUGGAGAGUCUCCCAGUCUCCAAAGGUGGACCAGACCUGAAGCCGCAGAAGUCGAAGCGUUCCUCCAUCAACUCCUCCUUCCUGGACAUGGUGGACGAGAACGACGUGCUGCUGUCCAAGUCGGACGUGGUCCUGUCUUUCUCGCUGGAGAUCGUCAUCAUAGAGGUGCAGGGCCUCAAGUCCGUGGCCCCUAACAGGAUCGUGUACUGCACCAUGGAGGUGGAGGGGGGGGAGAAGCUGCAGACCGACCAGGCAGAGGCCUCCAAUCCGCAGUGGGGGACGCAGGGCGACUUCACCACGAGCCACCCCCUGCCGGUCGUCAAGGUGAAGCUGUUCACGGAGAGCACAGGGGUGCUGGCGUUGGAGGACAAGGAGCUGGGCAGGGUGGUGCUGAACCCCACAACCAACAGUCCCAAAUCUAUGGAGCUGUACAAGAUGGUGGUGCCACGGAACAGCCAGGACUCUGAGCUGAAGAUCAAGCUGGCCGUGCGAAUGGAGAAGCCGCCCAACAUGAAGCACAGCGGGUAUCUGUAUGCUGUGGGACAAAGAGUCUGGAAGCGAUGGAAACGGCGCUAUUUUGUACUCGUUCAGGUCAGCCAGUACACUUUCGCCAUGUGCAGCUACCGGGAGAAAAAAUCAGAACCGCAGGAGCUGAUGCAGCUGGAGGGAUACACCGUGGACUACUCGGACCCGCAGCCAGGUUUUCAGGGAGGACGAGGGUUUUUCAGUGCGGUCCGGGACAGGGACCUGUUAGUUUUCGCCAGCGAUGACGAGCAGGACCGCAUCUUGUGGGUCCAGGCCUUGUACCGAGCCACAGGCCAGUCUUACAAACCAAUCCCACCCUCCCAGAACCAACGGCAGAACUGCCGGGAUAGCACCCUACAGGCCGACGCCCCUGCCCUGCUGCACAGUUUAGAAAGGUCCCAGCAGCAGACGGUGGAGGAGCUGGUUUCGGCCGUGCCCUGCCACUUCGACCACACCGCCCUCUUCCGGACCUUACAGAAACGUACGCUCCAGCACAGGAUGAGCGACUCUUUCUGCUGUUUGGGUUGGUUCAGUCCGGCUCAGGUAUUCGUGCUGGAUGAGUACUGCUCCCGCUAUGGCGUCAGGGGCUGCCACCGGCACCUCUGCUACCUGCGGGACCUGACGGAGUACUGCCAGAGGAGCGUCCUCAUCGACCCCACCCUACUGCACUACAGCUUCGCCUUCUGCGGAUCCCACAUUCACGGAAACAGGCCAGAUGGGCUAGGCACCGUCACGCAGGAGGAGAAGGAGCAGUUUGAGGAGGUGCGAAAGCAGCUUCUGACUCUGCUGGAGAACCAGAUCAUUAACUUCAGGUACUGCUUUCCAUUUGGGCGGCCAGAGGGGGCGCUCAAAGCCACAUUGUCUCUGCUGGAGAGGGUCCUGAUGAAGGACAUCUCAUCACCACCUCCGACAGAGGAACUGAGAGAGCUUGUCCAGAAAUGUCUGAAGAAAGCAGCUCAGGUUAAUUACGCUCAGCUCACAGACUCCUCACAUAUCCAAGAAGCUCAGGCUUCUCCAGAGAAACAUCUGGAGGCAAACAUCAAACUAGCAGGUCUGGGUAUCGAAGUCCUGCAGCAGAUCCAUGAGCACCACGUUGAGGGACGGGAGGCCUUCCCCUGGUGGCCAGACGCCAUGGCUGAACACGCUGAAGCCUUCCUGUCCCUGUACACCGCGGACAUGGACGCCGCCCUGCAGGUGCAGCCCCGCGACUCGUGGGACAGUCUCCCCCUCUUCCAGAUGUUCAACAACUUCCUGAGGCCUGAGCCUCUCCUGUGCAACGGGACCUUCCACAGGCACCUGCAGGACACCUUCUUGCCCUUGGUGGUGCGCUACGUCGACCUGAUGGAGGCGUCCAUCGCCCAGUCCAUCCACCGCAGCUUCGAGCAGGAGUCCUGGCAGUCUGUCAAGUAUGGCUCUUCUGGCUCUGAUGACCUCUUCUGGAAGCUGGAUGCCCUGCAGAUGUUCGUGCUGGACCUGCACUGGCCUGAGCCUGAGUUUGCCAGGCAGCUGGAGCACAGGGUCAGACUGAUGUCCAGCAACAUGGUGGAGGCCUGUGUGAAGAGAACAAAAGCGGCUUUCGACGCCAAGAUGCAGAAGGCCAGCAAGUCGCCGGACUUCCGGGUGUGCCUGCCCAUCUGCGGCAUGUUCAACGCCCUGCUGCACGCCAAGAAACACUGCUUCAAGCUUUGCCUGCUGGACCCGGGCCAGGAGCACCAGAACCGGUCCAGAGUGGACGUACUAAUUGAAGAUGCCUUUAAGGAGAUGAUCGCCUCCCUGGUGUCUAAGUUUUCUGCUGUUUUAGAGACGGUCCUGUCCAAGCUCUCCAGAUACGACGAGGGUACAUUCUUCUCCUCGCUGCUGACCUUCACGGUGAAAGCAGCGGCCAAGUAUGUGGAGGUUCCUAAACCCAGCAUAGAUCUGGCUGAUACCUACAUCACCUUUGUGAGGCAGAACCAAGACAUCCUGAGAGAGCGUGUCAUUGAGGAGAUGUACGUGGAGAAGCUGUUUGGGCAAUGGUACACCAACUCCAUGAAGGUCGUGUGCCUCUGGCUGACAGACAGACUUGACCUGCAGCUGCACACCUACCAGCUGAGGACCCUCAUCAAGAUCGUGAAGAAAACGUACCGUGAUUUCAGGCUGCAGGGGGUAUUCGAUGGAACCCUGAACAACAAGAACUACGAGGCCAUCUACAACCGGCUGACGCUAGAAGAGGCUUCAGUGACGGUCAGCGAGGGAGAAGGCCUACAAGGCAUCUCCAUGAGGGACAGUGACCAAGAGGACGGUUAGAUCACCCUGAGGGAGGCUCUCAUGACCAGCUUUAUGGAAGAAGGAUGGUGAAUGAAGGAUGUGCCACAACAUCAGCUCUGAAAAAUGUGUCCUUGAACAUUCAGUACUGUACCUAAUCAGAGGUCAUCCUGCUAGUGCAGUACUGCUUAAUGGACACCAGGCGGCAGACUAUCUGUUUAUUAUAUAUAUUUUCCUCCCCAUUGAUGUGAACUGAAGCAUUAGAAAUGUCCUGAUAUUGAAGUAUGGUUACUAAUGUAAACUGCUUUGAGUGUGCAAGCUGAGCAUGGAAAUUGCUAAAUCAAGGUCCACACAAGCAUUGAAUGUUUGGCGUCUUUGACCCGCAGAGGUGAGGACGUUUCAAAUUGCUUGUUGUAGGGAAAAAGCUUCCAGCGAAGACAUUGAAUAUGAGCGCUUUUGUUUGGUGAAUCGGCCACAGAGUUAUCGCUCCUUCUGUACUGCAGUAACGACCAAAGUUAAACAUCUGCCACAAAAGUUUCCUUUAAAUGUGUGUUUGAACUCACCGCCUGCUAAUGACAUUUCACGAUACCUGCGAGCGCGCGCUUGGUCCACAGUAAACGGUAUUGUGCUCAAGAGAUUAGCCAAGCUGACUUGUUAUUACCAACACCUUGAGAAACUUGUAUCAGUAAAGCUGCGAGCAAAAAAAAAACGGGGCAAAUUUGUAUAUUUAUAUUGUCAUCUGUGCACCUGUGUUUCUUCAGGUGAGUUA